GGCCAAGAAAUACUGAUCGGCGUUUGGGUCCCCACUGCCAUUUCGGGGCUUAUACUGCUUCUCAGAAUCUACUGUAAGCAUGUGCGACAACGAGGCUUGUGGUGGGAUGAUGCGGUGAUAUCGAUCUCAUGGGUAUGUAUCCCAAUAUUACUUCUCGCCGCCAAUAUCGUCCAAACGAUCGAGAUCCCACUGGGAUUUGGGAAACACAUCGCCAAUGUUGACCCAGCCAACAAGCCCAUACUGGGCCUGCUCGACGAAGUCACUGCGACGCUCACGAUCUUCGCUGCUGCCUGGAGCAAAACAGCCUUUGCAGUGACGCUGCUGCGCAUACUGGAAGGGUGGGCCAAGAAGUGCGUUUGGUUCAUAGCCAUCUCGAUGAAUGUCCUGAUGUUGGCUGGGGUGAUAUUGGGCUGGGCGCAGUGCUCACCCCCGGACAAGCUGUGGGACGAUGAGAUAGCGGGAACAUGUCUGCCUCGCAGUAUCAGAUCUGACUACAACAUAUUCUCUGGAGUAUAUGCUGGCAUCAUGGAUCUCUGUCUCGCAGCCCUGCCUUGGACAAUCCUGCCGAAACUGCAGAUGCAUACCAGGGAGAAAGCCGGCGUCGGAGUUGCUAUGAGCAUGGGAGUCUUAGCUGGCGGUGCCGCCUUCGCCAAAAGUGCUGCAAUUACGGAACUGGCAACUGGCGACUUCACUUUCUUCGGAGCACCUUUAGUGAUUUGGGGCACUGUGGAAAUCGCAGUCACUAUAGUGGGCUGCUCCAUUCCCAUCCUACGAGCGCUGCUAUCGGAUUACAAGCACUCGAGA